GCAAACUGUGUCUGGGUUGUAGUCAUUGUCUGUGUGUCUGUGUGUCUGUGUGUGUCUGUGUGUGUGCGCUGAGAUUUAUCCUGGGCUAACGGUGGGCACCAACACCUACCUGCUACAGGUGUUCUAUUUGUGAGAAACAACAAGGGACAUUGUUCCAGCAUCACCAGCAGGUGUGGUCCAGGAUCACCAGAUUGCAGAGAGAAGAAGUGAAUGGUGCAGUACACCAAUACUUGGAUGAAAAACUGAACUACUAACCAGAUCAUGAUUUUACAAAGAAACAGCAUUAUGAAUAUUAACCCGAGUGUCAAUGUACAUCCACAUUCCCACCAGACUGCCUGGACCGCUCCUUAUUCAACAUGUGAAGGUUUCUUCACGGCUCAGUGGCACGACGUUCACCCGCAGUACUGGAACAAGUACCAAGUGUGGGAGUGGCUGCAGCAGUUUGUAGACACCAACCAAUUGGACGCCAGCUGCAUCUCCUUCUCUGAGUUUGACAUCACGGGGGAGCGGCUCUGCAGUAUGACGUUGCAGGACUACACACAAGCCGCCGGGGAGGUCGGACAUAUCUUGUACAACAGCAUCCAGAAUCUCAAGUGGCAUGGCAAUUAUGGAAACCCAGUUCUACAGUCUCUCAACGUUGUCAUCAAGACAGAACAACCAGAUCACAGUUCAGUCACUCCCUGGAAGGAAAGUGGAUACUUGUAUGAAGCCUGCUAUGACGAUGUAUACGAUAGUAAACUGUACUGCCGGAACAAUCUAUCAGUGACCCCCAUUCAUUACACUACAAGUUCAACAUACCCAGAAUCAGAGGUGAAGAAAUCGCAGGUCUAUCCUCAGAGAACAGGCUCAAAGAAACACAACCCUCGCGGAACACAUCUUUGGGAGUUCAUCCGAGACAUUCUUCUCACACCUGACAAGAACCCUGGACUGAUACGAUGGGAAGACCGAUCAGAAGGAGUGUUUCGGUUUCUAAAGUCCGAGGCAGUAGCUCAGCUCUGGGGGAAAAAGAAAAACAACAGCAGUAUGACAUAUGAGAAACUCAGCCGUGCCAUGAGAUACUACUACAAAAGAGAGAUCCUAGAACGUGUGGAUGGGAGACGGCUGGUCUACAAGUUUGGGAAAAAUGCUCGCGGCUGGAGGGAAAAUGAAAGUUGAAUUGCAUCCCUAAAAAAACUGGAACUUAUUUAUUUAUAUGGUGAACUCAGAAGACUUUGGAGAAAACACAGAAGACGUAACGCCAAUGGAGUUCUUUUUCUCUUACUUGGGGGAAAAGUAUAUGUACACAGUUUUUCUGUGACUUGGGGCCUUCUUACCAAAUAUUGCUGCAUCAUUCUAGCAGCCUAAAGACUUUUCGACUGGAAAUAAGAACAUGCAAUUAAUUGUAAUGGGAACGGGAACUUUGUUUAAGGACCAUUUCCACCCAAAACAGCUUUCUGUUUUAUUGAUAUUGAUGGAGUGGGGCAGAGGUUGCUACCAAACAAGGUCACUUCUAUCUGGAGUUCAAGACAGGAGAUCUCCCUCCACCAGUAAUCAUAUAGGCUUACAUUUCUAGGGAACCUGUCAAGAUAGAAGUAAGAGGAUCUCAUUUCCUUGCAUGGGGUACAGGCUCCUAGGUCAUCCUUUUACAACCUUUCUUUACUGCUUAGUGAUUCUCUGGCCAAGACAAUGCAUGCAUCUCAAUGAAAGGGGGACCUCCAAGUCCCAAGUGCAUACUGGUUCUAUGCUAUAGGGACAAGGGUUUGUGAACACCUGACCAUCACACCUACUAUAUGGCUAAAAGUAAGAGAACACCCCUCCAAAUGAUUGCGUUCAGAUGUUUUUAGUGAUCAGUACUUGUAAUUUUAAAGCAUACAAUUACCUUUUACGUAAUUGCUCACUUCCACCCUUAUGGUAACAGUUUUAAGAAGGCACAUGGUUUGGUGAGUUUUCCUGAACCAAACCUUACUGAGCAGAAAACAAUACAUAAGU